UUUUUUUUUUUUUUUUUUUUUUUUUUUUGAAGGAUGGGUGAAUGAUAUUUGAAUCCUAUGACCUUGCUCUCACGUUGACUUAAAUUUUGCAUAUACGUAGAUUGUAUCACUAUAGAUAAGAAAGUGGCAUUAUAGCCACAGUUAUACUCGCACAAUUAAACCAUUACCAAUUUACCAUAUCAUAUUGACAUAUUGUUCAUAUGACAAUAUGAGUACAUUUUAUUUAACCAAGUAUCACUAAUUAGUUUUUUUUUUCCUUUUAGAGGGAGAUACUAUCAAUGUCAAAAUCCUUAAGAAAAUGUCAUAAGGGAAUUCUAUUGCAUGGAACAUCCUAUAACUUUAUGCAUAGCCGACUUGGGAUGUUCUUCUUCCGAGCAAAACUGCUUGAGCGGCUUAGCUUAUGGGCUCAUAGAAGCCAUUGAUAAGGCUCGGCGAGAACUCGGACAUGGCGGCCCUCAAGAGUACCAUAUUUGCUUGAAUGAUCUUCCAGGGAAUGAUUUCAAUACUGUGUUUACGUCGGUAACAAGUUUUAAGGAUAGGCUUAAGCAGCAAUUGGGAGAUGAUUAUGGACAUUGCUUUGUUAAUGGUGUUCCUGGCUCUUUCUAUGGUAGGCUUUUUCCUAACAAUAGCUUGCAUUUUGUGCACUCCUCCACUAGCCUUCACUGGCUAUCUCAGGUGAAUUAUCCUUUUUUUAAAAAUAUUUUAAUUAUCACAUUUUUUUUGAGGUUGGUGCCGGAAGGAAUAGAAGAGAAUAAGAGAAACAUUUACAUGUCAAAAACAAGCCCUACAAAAGUGAUUAGUAGUUACAAUGAACAAUUUACAAAGGACUUUUUGAUGUUCCUAAGUUGUCGUUCCAAGGAAGUCGUAGCCGGAGGAAAAAUGGUGCUAACCUUAUUAGGAAGACAAAACAACGAACCAUGUUAUGCCAAGGAAUCUGCUUACAUGUUAGAGAAUCUAGCUAAGGUUCUCAAUGAUAUGGUUUCUGAGGUAUAUAAACCAUUCCCUUUUCUUUUUUCUUUUUUUUUGGUGGAAAAAUUGCUAAAAAUAAUACAACCUUUGUCUCAUUGGUUACGUUACAUAGAAGAAGAGAAAUUGAACACAUUCAACGUCCCCAUUUAUACACCAUCACCUUCAGAACUCGAGUAUCUGGUGGCUAAGGAAGGAUCUUUUGCCCUCAAUGAAGUUUAUACCUUCAAUGUGAUUAGUUGGGAUCCAAAUGAUGAUCAUAAGAUUGGUAGCUCAAUUGACAAAACUAAUCGCGAAGAUAAUAUGAAUUUACAAGCAUUAUGUAUGAGAGCCGUGGUUGGAUCCUUAAUCAGUAGUCAUUUUGGGGAAGCAAUCAUUGAUGAGGUUUUUCGAAGAUAUAACGAAAUUGUUCUUGACUUAUUGGCCGAAGAGAACACUGUUCUAACUAAUGUUACUCUAUCCUUAACAAGAAGGGAACGAGGUUGA